AUGAUACGAGUACAAGAGGGUCAUGCGUCCAAUCUCAUGUAUCCGAUUCCAUUCUAUUCCCGAGAAUCCGUGUUGUUCCUCUGCAGUGCUUACCUUGACAGUCGAUCAACAUGCAUGACAUCUGAAGUGCUUGAAAAAUGCAAGCAUAACGAAAUGAUUAUCUUCAUACAAAGCCACAUGCGCUAUUAUUGUGGAAAUAAAGCCAAACUUGCAUUCGAAAAUUUUGGCUGUCUCCACGAUGCGUUAAUGUCCAAUCAACAUUGUUGGCGACAUAUUGAGGAUAUCUCAUCGCCCACCUAUAGAGGAGGUAAAUGUAUUAGCAUACCCACGUUUUUUAAUUGUAUAUUGCCUGGUGUGCGAUCGAAAUGCGAAAAACCCGGUGUUCAUAUUCUUGUCGAUGCAAUUACUUCAUUUGGAUGUGCUCUUCAAAAGGAGUUGGUACAACAAUCAGUAACAUAUAUUGCAAAAAUGAAUGAUACUGGUGAACUUACUGAAGAAGCUGGAAAAACGUAUAUACGGAACCAGUUACCGUCUGCGCUUCCCAUACUUGAUGAAGAAAGAAAUGGUCAGUAA